AUGGCAGAGGUGACAGCGUUCUCCGCCUACCAGACCCGCUCGACGCUGCUGGUAGAGAGGGAGAGGGCACUGGACGCGCGCCGCACCACAGUUGCGGAGCUGCGGCAGAUGGUCGCCACGCUGACAGCCGAGAACCGCACUCGGGAAGAGCAGCUGGUGGCUGAGCGCUCCCGCUUCAGGGACCGCAAGUCAGCCCAAGACGCAAAGGUCUCUACAAAGGAGGCGGAGGCCCGUGCGCAGCAGAAUCGCGUCAGCGUAUUAGAGGAGGAGGAGCGGCAGCUCGGCAGCACCAUCGCAGAGCGCGUGGAGGAGAUUCGAACGGCCACCGCCGAGGUGGAGCGACGCCGCGACCUCGAAAAGACUUUGCGCGACGCGAGGGAGGCACUCAACAAGGCCAAGUUCGCGUUGGAGGAGAACGACGCCAAGGUGAUGCGCCUGGAGACGCGCCUCGCGCGUCAGGAGCUGGCCACAGAUAAGCGUCAUGCCCAGCUGGUGGGGUGUGUGCCCCAGUACUGGUUUCCUCGGGUGCCAGAGGCUGACAAGACCGCCUCGCUGGAGGAUACGGCUGGGGAGAGUGUGUACCUCGUGGAUGAGCUCGCGUGA